CCUACUUCAUAUCUGUUUUCUCUUCAGUUUGUUUGACUUUAUGAGCCAUCAACAUCAGCACGGUAGACCAUCCUUUACGAGGAAACGAAAAACAGAUUACAUACCUGAUGAACGAUAUGAUGUCGAUGGAACACUCAUCAAAAAUACUGAAGCUUUAAAAAAGAAGCGUUGGGAUUUAAGGGACAUUAUAAAAAAUCCUGAGAUAUAUGAAGAGGCUCUAAAGAAAGCCCAAGCAUUUUUGAAAGAAAAAAAAAACCAAAAGGACAGCAUAUUUUAUGAUACAGGUCAUAACCGUCAACUAUGGACCGAAGAGACAGACAGUCUGUUUUUCUCUCGUAAGGAUCGUGGUCUUGUCGCAUGGUUUUUGCCUCGAGGCUCGCCCAUAUAUUAUGAGUUUGAAGGAUUCUAUUCCUCUCUGAAAGAUAAUUUGUGCAAGGACAAACAAUUGUUAAAGUACCACAAGUCAGAGCGUAUGAAUGUUAUACGUCAAGAAGGUGAAAUGAUACGGCACGCUGUCGUCUUGUUCCAUGAUUUUCAGACAAAGAAAAGAGAAAAAUUGAAGAAGCAGAUCGAGGAAACCAGAGCAGCUUUACCGGUGACACCUUUUGCAAACGCCAUUGUGCAAACAUUGAAGCAGCACCGUGUUUUGCUCAUUGCUGGUGAUACAGGUUGUGGCAAAAGUACACAAGUGCCACAAAUUUUGCUGAAUGCUGGUUUCAAAAAAAUUGCUUGUACACAGCCUCGGCGUAUUGCUUGCUCAUCAUUAGCAAGACGUGUUAGCUAUGAAACUUUAAAUGAAUAUGGCACGGAGAUUGCAUAUCAGGUUCGUUUCGAGGGAACUAAAACUAACAGAACACGAAUAUUGUUCUUGACAGAGGGCUUACUAUUGCGACAAUAUGCGGCAGAUGAUAUGCUCUCAAUGUAUGAUGUGAUUGUAGUCGACGAAGUUCAUGAAAGACAUAUGAUGGGUGACUUUUUGCUUGCAUUAUUAAAGAAAACACUAGCAAAGAGGAACGAUCUUUAUCUGGUCUUAAUGAGUGCUACUAUAAAUGCUGAAUUGUUUGCACAGUAUUUUGAUGCACCCACUUUGGUUAUACCCGGCAAGAUGUACAGUGUCAAAGUUCACUAUUGGGCCAUGGGGGACGAAGAUAAAAACUUGAUAAAUGAUGCUGCCUAUCGGAAGCGACAAGCUGAUCCAAUAAAGAAAUCCAUCCCUAGUCGCUCAGAAGUCGUAAAAGCGGCUCAAUACAUCAAAGUCUUGGAUUAUAUUGAUCAGUCAGCUCCAGUUGAUGAGCGAGGAGAUUUGCUUAUUUUUAUGUCUGGUAUCAAUGAGAUUGCUAGUUUGGCUGAGCAACUGACGGAAUACACUGCAAAAUCUAAGAAGUGGAUAAUUCUUAUGCUUCACUCUUCCCUAACAGUUGAAGACCAAGAGAAAGUGUUCGACUCACCACCCGAAGGAGUACGUAAAUGUAUAAUAAGUUCAAACAUUGCUGAGACUAGUAUAACCAUUGAUGGUAUUCGCUUCAUUAUUGACUCAGGAAAAGUAAAAGAGAUGCAUCAUGAUCCCAAUUCGAAGCUCAGUCGGUUGUCAGAGUUUUGGAUCUCUAAAGCAAGCGCUAAGCAACGAACAGGUCGUGCAGGACGAACAGGGCCUGGUGAAUGCUUCCGCUUUUAUUCAGAAGAUGAAUUCAACCAUUUAAAUGAUUUUGCUGUUCCGGAAAUCCAGCGCGAAACAUUGGAACCUUUACUGCUACAGAUCAAAUCCCUGGGUUUCGGUGAUCCUCGUCGAUUUGAUUUUGUAGAGAGUCCGUCUAUAGAACAUAUUAAUUCGUCGAUGAAAUUCUUAUAUAACCUAGGUGCAAUUGACGCUCAUGAGAAUUUAUUAGGGUUAGGUUCGGUUUUAGCAAAACUGCCUGUAGAUGUUAUUGUUGGAAAGAUGCUCAUAUUAGGUGUUGUGUUCAACAUUGUUGACCCUAUAUUAACCAUUGCCGCAAGCAUGAGUGUACAAUCACCAUUUACAAGAGUGACACAAUUCUCCAAUAGGGACUAUCUUCAAAAUCGCAAUACAUUUGACUCAAAGGAUGGUGACCCUUUCACAAUGCUAAAUUUAUGGCAAAAUUGGAUAGAGAUUAAAGCCGCAAAAAUGUCUUCACGAAAAUGGUGCAGACAGCAUUUGGUGGAAGAGCACAGGCUGUAUGAGAUUACAAAAAUGAAGAGACAGUUCGAGAAAGUUUUAAACGAUUUUCAACCGGGCUUGCUAGAAGCAUUACGCUUUUUGGGAGAUGAUGGCUCAGAUGAGGAAGAAAGUAAUAAGAACGAAAACCACCGAAAGCGUGAUGUACAGGAGAGGCUUCGUAGAGAAAAAUUUGAAGAGAAAUCAAAUAAGCGUCGUCGUACGCUAACUAUGGGUAACAUUGGGGAUGAAGGCAUAUAUGAGCAGGAAGACGAUUACGAAAAGAUGGACAUUCGUGAACUCGAGUUUACACUUAUGAAUAACAUUAGACAACUUCGAUCAAGAGCUCAUACUUUAUCAGAAAGAGAGAUACAGAUUAUUAAGCUAAUAUUAUGCUCGUCAUUGUAUCCGCAGUUUGCAAUUGGGGACGAACAUAACCCUUACAGAAAGAGCAAUGAGUUAAUUUUUCAUACACAAGCAAAGAGCUUUUUGUCGAUACAUCCAAGCAGUGUUUUUUCAAAUCAUGCUGAAUUGAUUCAAGGACAUACUGGAAAAGAAAGAAAAGACGAUAAAACAGUAGAAGAGUCACUUUACCAACAGCUGCUAUGCUAUCUUCAGCUAUUGGAAACAAACAAGCCAUUCAUAGUGAACCUUACUCGAAUUCCUGGUAUUCAUGCCUUACUUAUGUUUGGCAAAACUAUUGACAUAAACACUGAUUGUAGUGUCAUAGUUGUUGAUUCUUACUUCGUUAUCAAAUUCAGGACAACUCAAGUAGCUGAAUUUGUUCUUUACCUUUCCUAUCAGCUUCGUUCUGAAUGGAAUGAGCUUUUAAAUCUUCGUAUAAGUCAUGGUUUAGGCCAGUCUUCAGACGAGCAACUAGGGGAUAUUGCAUCCAGCCCUUCGAUAAGAGAUAAACUUCCCCUUUGUCUUAAACAGAUUCUGGAUGAUGAGCAAAGAAAGCAUACGACAGAAAAGCACAUGAGGGAUAUGUGGACGCCAGAAACUGAGGCGCAUUUUCAGCGGCAGACACAAUUGUUAAAUCGUAAAUUAGCUGACUUUAUGGAAACUGCGAUAUCAGCAGAGUUAAAAGUUGCCAAAGCUUCUGAACUCAUGAAGAUGUAUCCCAAAUACAUUGAACCUGAACGAACCCCGGAAGAACAGAAUUAUCCCAGAGUCUGGAGUUCCGAUGAUGUUAUUCGUUCAGGGAUACAACUCACACCAUACAUGUAUUACGAUAGCAUUAAUGAGCCAUCAUGUGCAUCUGCUAUACCUGAAAGCGCAGACUCGAUCCCAACAAACAUUAAAUCCUUCUGGUUUUGCCAAGAAUGUCAAAAAAUGUUCUCGUUCAACAAAGAGGAAGCGAGGAACCACAUUAUGCUUAACCACCUUGAUGAAGUUGCUGUUGGAAAUAACGAUGAUAAAAAUCCUUUACAAAUAACUGCAAAGCAACAAUAAAAUUAUGGAAAAUAAAUAGUUGUCACUAUGAUAGAGAAACAGAGUAGCAAUCGUUUAUAAAAAAACGAUGAAAGGAAGGGUCUACUGAGAAACUAUUUGGUUGGUGCCGUUGAAACUGUUUUGUAUCCAUUGACUCAACGAAAGGUAAUCAGGACAAUGCUACCGAGAACUUUUAAGUAAAAUAUUUACGAUGAAAUGACCAGUCCACCAACAUCAUCGGCUGUUUACCUUUUU